GAGCCGGAAGUUGACGACGCCAGCGGGUACGUCGCCCUCCGCGGGCCGCGCCGCACCAUGCUCCGCGGUCCCGGCGGCCUCCUCGGGGUCUCCGUCCGACCCGCCGCGGCCCUGGCUGUGGCUCUGCUCUCGUCGCUCUCGCACUGCUCUCUCCUGGAGCCGGGAGACCCUGUGGCCUCGGCGCUCAGCCCUUAUUUUGGCACCAAGACCCGCUACGAGGAUGCCAACCCCUGGCUGCUGCCGAACCCCGAGGCGCCGCGGCGGGACCCGAACCUGCUGGAGGAAGCCUGCACCCCGGUGCAGCUGGUCGCCCUCAUCCGCCACGGCACCCGCUACCCUACGGCCAAACAGAUCCGCAAGCUGCGGCUGCUGCACGGGCUGCUGCAGGCUCACCGGCCGGGAAAUGACAGGGCCGGCGGCGGCGGCGGCGGCGGAGACCUAGGCGCCAGGCUGGCCGACUGGCCGCUGUGGUACGCGGACUGGAUGGAUGGGCAGCUGGUGGAGAAGGGGCGGCAGGACAUGAGACAGCUGGCCCUACGCCUGGCCUCCCUGUUCCCGGCCCUCUUCAGCCGCGAGAACUACGGCCGCCUGCAGCUUAUCACCAGCUCCAAGCACCGCUGCGUGGAGAGCAGCGUCGCCUUCCUGAACGGGUUGUGGCAGCACUGCUACCCUGAGUUGCCGCCGCCCGACGUCGCAGACAUGGAGUGUGGACCUCCAAGAAUUAAUGAUAAACUAAUGAGGUUUUUUGAUCAUUGUGAGAAAUUUUUAACUGAAGUGGAAAAGAAUGAUACGGCUCUUUAUCACGUAGAAGCCUUCAAAACUGGACCAGAAAUGCAGAACGUUUUAAGAAAAGUUGCAGCUACUUUGCAAGUGCCGGUCAACAAUUUAAAUGCAGAUUUAAUUCAGGUAGCUUUUUUCACCUGUUCAUUUGACCUGGCAAUUAAAGGUGUGAAAUCUCCUUGGUGUGAUGUUUUUGACACAGAUGAUGGAAAAGUAUUAGAAUAUUUAAAUGAUCUGAAACAAUAUUGGAAAAGAGGAUAUGGGUAUGCUAUUAAUAGUCGAUCCAGCUGCACCCUGUUUCAGGAUAUCUUCCAGCACUUGGACAAAGCAGUUGAACAGAAAAAAAGGUCUCAGCCAGUUUCCUCUCCAGUCAUCCUUCAGUUUGGGCAUGCAGAGACCCUUCUUCCACUGCUUUCUCUCAUGGGCUACUUCAAAGACAAGGAGCCACUAACAGCUUACAAUUACAAGGAACAAAUGUAUCGGAAGUUCCGAAGUGGUCACAUUGUACCCUAUGCCUCAAACCUCAUAUUUGUGCUUUACCAUUGUAAAAAUGCUGAGACUCCUAAAGAAGAAUUCCGAGUGCAGAUGUUACUGAAUGAAAAGGUGUUACCAUUGGCUCACUCCCAAAAACCUGUUUCUUUGUAUGAGGAUCUGAAGAACCACUACAAGGACAUCCUUCAGAACUGUCAUACCGGUCAAGAGUGUGAAUUACCAAAGGUGAACAACACAUCUGACGAGCUAUGAGGAACCGGAGAACUUUUUAAUUUCAUCAGGAAUCUAUAGGGAGUGAUUACAUGCUUGGAAUAGGUAGGCCAUCCCUGGUUACAGAAAGCUUUCACAUUGCUUGGGUAUUUCUGUCUUUUCACAGAAAAAUAUUGCGUUUCUUUUUGAGUCUGGACAUGGAUGCGUAAGAUGAUUCUUCACUGGAGCAGCUCUCUUAAGGGGAAAAAAGUCUAUUCAAAGAAAUAGCUGGCACUGCAAAUGUUUACAGAAAUUAUAGUCUUUCUAUUUAUGUAAGAAGUCUCACACUGAGACUGUGUUUUCAAAAUGAUACUUGAAAGUACGGGAGUAACACAAUAUGUCAUUUGGAUGGUCCAUAACUUGAUUGAACUAAGUCUAGGAACUUUACCAGUUGUGCUGCAAUUCUCUCUUUUUUCCUCUGGCAGCACAGUUCUAAUAUUAUCUUUCUUAAUCAGAAAUAUUGUGAUACACUGAGAAUAUCACUUUGAAAGAAAGUUAACAUCUCUCUUUUUGAGAGUUUGAAACAAUGUUAAAAACAGUCUGAUUUAAAAGGACACUUUCACUGAAAGAAGACAAAAAGUAUAAUAAAAUAAAUAUUUUUGUUAAUAGUAUUUCUGAAGAAUUUGAACACUUUUCCAGUAAUUCCUUUUAACCUCCUAGUAAGUCCUACAAGGCCAUUCUUCAAUUAUCAUCAUACUUGUUUUACAUAUGUAACAACGGAAGGACAAAGAGGACCAUUAGCAACAAGUCAGAUGGAUAGAAUCAAAGCUUCUUAAAUUCAUUGCUUAGCCAUUCUUAACAUUUUGCUUCUAUUUUUAUAUUUUGCUAUUAUGUGAAAUACAUUUUGGUUGCUUAAUUUCUUUCUUUUUUUUUUCGAAUAAAGACUUCAUCCUGGCUGGCUUAGUUUCAUAGAUAUGAACCCUUUCCAAAGAAAUAGUUCUGAGUUCUGUUAAAUGCCAUGAAAGUGUUUGCUAUAAUAAUAAACAAAAUUCUUGUGACUUUACUAAUCAGCUAUUUUUUGCACUUUGUGUUGAUAUGCAAUUAGUGAUUUAUGGUAAAAGGUUAGAAUUUCAAGCAGCUUUGACUAAAUCAGGCAAUAUAAGGCAAUUUAUUUCUAAUAGACAUUUCCCCAAAUAAAUUUUAACUCUUAAAGAAAAAUGGAAACCCAUUUUUUAUUAAAAAUCUAAAUAAGAAAAUACUACAACUAUAUAUUGAAAUUAUAAAAAAAGAUGCAUAGGUCAUUGAUCUUUUAGUGAAUGAUGUUCAUAAAAUAGAUAAUUAGCUGUUAAAUACUGUUGAUUCAUCAGUUGUUCCUGCAAAAAAGUCUGAUGUUUUCUUUUUUUAAAAUGCAAAUAGACUGACAAGAGAAUAAUGUAAUGAACAUUCAUGCCCAUUGCCCUGUUUUAUCAGAGUUAACAUUAAAACAUUUGGUUUAGAUCCAAAUAAGAACACUUGAGCACUUUUGUAUGACUCCCUGAUGCUGUUGCACUCACUCUCUGCCUAGGGAUAACCACCAACAUAAAAUUCAGCAUUCACCAUUUCAUCGCAUGCUUGACUCUGGAAACUUGUAGUGUUGAUGUGGGAGUUUUAAAAUAGCUUAUAAAAGGACAUACUGUGCAUAUCAUUCUUGAAUUAGUGAUUUAUUAUAGCUGCUGUAUUUGUUUCUCAAGACUUCUUGAUCCUGAUAAUGUGUCACAAAUUAAUGCUAUCAGUUCAUCAGUACCCAUUGAGAACUUUUCACGUACAGACACUAGAUUCCGUCUACUCACAUGUAAAGUUGAAUGAACUAGUUGUUCUUUCAAGGAGAGUCUCUUAAAAAAAACCUAAAACAAAUUUACUUGGUGUCUGACACAUUAAGUAAUUUUUGAUUCAUAAACUUUUUAUAGACUAUGAAAGUUUUAAAGGAGAUGUUUAAUUUCAUUGUUAAAUAGAACCAUGUUGUCAUCUUUGUAGUCAUUGGUAUAUAAAAUAUUUCAGGAUGGAGUGUAAUUGUGGUCCAUUUUUGCUAAUGUUACAGAGAUUGUGAUAUUAUCCUGGUGCUAUUAUUCUCAUUUCAGAAAUGCCUGGAACCAAAGAAUGUCAUAAUAGAAACUAAAGGUCUUAUCUAGGAUAGGACCUAAUGUUUAACCUAAAAAGUUGAGUAUCAAAAAAUAAUCUUUGGAUAACAAGAGUUCAUUCAUAAAAGUGACCAAAUUACUCACUUAAGCCAAAAUGUAAUCACUCGUUCUGACAUUUUGGUCAAUUAGUAAAUAGCCUAAGGACAUUAGCAAUUUUUCUAUCUAAUCUACAGUUUGAUGCAUAGAAUUCAUUGUACUUAUUGUCUUUUAUAGUCAUCGUUUUGAAGUUUCUGCUCUCCAAGACAUAAUUAUUCACUUGAUACUGUUUUUGUAUAUAAUCUUGGUCUUAAUUUUAGUACUGAAAGCAAAACUCAACUUGUAAAGAAAAAAGAGCUUUGUUUUUUUUCUAGGCAUAAUCAGCUUUCAUAUCUUUACUUGAGUACUUUCCUUUUGUAAACUUGCAGAGCUGAUGCAGGCCCUUAAACAUUUGGGAGUUACAUGCAACCAAACCAGAAUAUAUAAGUGUACAUUUUUGGGAAUAUAUUUCUCUGUAUUUCAUGUGGUUCCUUAAUGAUACUUGGAAUUUGGACUGUCUUUCACCAAAUGUAAGCUGGAAAUAAAUACUCGCAUUACCAUAUCAUUUGCCUAUA